CAAUUCUCGCAGAUUGAUACCUCACGACGAUGACUCGAUUCAGCAGUUCGAGGUCGAUAUACUUGGCAAAGAUGACAGAAGAAGAUCGUAAACCACACAAUGUAAGAAACUCUGCCGUGAGCACAUAGCACACUUGCGGCGUAUGGAAACCAUUGUUUUUCCAGCCAAGUCAGUCACAAUUGGCGAGCUGCAUUCACGUUCACCAUCACCGCCCCAAACGAAAGGUUGCGGUACAAGUUCCAACUCCAACGGCGAUCAAGGGGACAGCCUCAGUCCCGAUACCGUUAUCGGUAAAUACAACAAUGACGACGAUACGCGAGGCUGCGGAGAGCUUGCGAUUUCAAAGCCAGUGAUCCACAUCACUACCGUACCAUCAAUUCCAACACAUACUUCCUCGUCUAUGGCCUCCAUGUCGAGUACAACCGGAGCUUCAUACGAUGGCUCCUCGGGUCGAUCGUUUCCCUUGGUAACGGAAAAAUGGAUUAGGGACCACCCAGAGGAGGUGCAACAGGCCAGAGAUGCCGAAGCACACGAGAGUGACGACGACGAGAGUGUCGUGGAGGAUUAUCACGCCAACCGUGACGGAUUGACGAGUGGUAUGUCUUAUCCACAAGUCCUCGAAGAAGGCGAUGCGACCGCCGACACUCGGAACGGUGACAGCAAGCUUGGGAAGCUGCUAGAAAAGACUGGCGAGAAACUGGGGAGCGACAGAUUAGCAGAAAAAGGCAGGAAAAAGCGCGCGGGCCAUCCCAUCCCACCCCCCUAG